CUAGCGAAGUUUAUGAUUUUUUGAAGAAAAUGAAUAAAGAUUUUAUUAUUUUAAAUGAAAGAAUUGAUUUGUUGGCAAAAAGUGAAUAUUUUUGUACAACGACAACGAAUGAAACUAGUUGUAGCAAUGAUAUUAGUAAAAAGAAAGAUGAAUCUACUAAUAAUAUUUGUCCAAUUUCUGGAACAUUAAAAUCUGUGAUAGAUAUAGUUGUUUCUAGUCCAGAAGGAAGGGAUGACAAUGAAGAAGAAGACAAAUCUCAUCAUUAUAAACAUCAUAGAACAAGAAAGCUUUCAAUAAAUUCUGAAGUGAAAAACAAAAGGAGAAGAAGUAUAAGGGAAGAUUCUAUUUAA